CAUGAGAAAGAGUCAAACAGCAUCUUUCAUCCACUCAAUCCUAGGCUAAGCUGUCUCUUUUUCUCUCGUGUGUUUGUGUGCCUAGAAAAAAAAAAAAAAAAAUUAUGUACCAACAACUCUGUAGACACAAAAGAAAACAAAGAAAAUAACCCUCCUCGAAUCAUGGUCUUCGUGUAAGCUAGUGCAGGAGUGACCUUCACGAUCUCUCCACUUCUCUCUCUCUCUCUCUCUCUCUUUCUUUUUCAAAGUUGAUUGUUCAGAAUUUCGGAUCACCACAUGACCAUUUCCUUCUUUAUUUGUGAUAACUUUCUUUCCAUAACAAACCCAUCUCUAUCUUGCUCUCUCUCUUCUUUUUCUUUGUAUCUUUUCUUUCUUUGAAGGGUUAUCUUUUGUGGGUUGUCUCGGUUUUGCUUCCUAUUUGCCUUUUUUUUAUAAUUCUUUUCUUUUUCUGCAUUGGGUUGCUCUCGUUUUUUGUUUGUUUUUGUUAGUCAUAUUCUUGUUUUUAAGAGGAGCAGUAGUGGUUUGGCUUCUCCUGGGUGUACUUUUACUUUCGGUUAUUUAGUCAGUGACUGAGUGGUGAUUCUUAUUCUGUUGUUUUGUGUUAUUGUUGAUGGACUUUUGAUGUCUUUGGCGGUUGGUGUUGAUUCAAGUUCCAGCAACAUGGGGUUUGAUGAGAAAAGCAAUGAGAGUGGUGGUGGUGGUGGAGUUUCGGGUGAGACGGUAACAAAAACACCUCCAAAUGAACAGGCUAAGAAUGAGCCAGUUGGUGGAGCUAUAUCUAGACAAAUGAGUGAGAAUUCUAUUUCUGCAACUGAGGAUGAAGAAGAAGAUGAAGAUAGACAGAUUGAGUUGGGUCCUCUGUACACUCUUAAAGAACAAUUUGAAAAGGAUAAGGAUGACGAGAGCUUGAGGAGAUGGAAAGAACAGCUUCUUGGGAGUGUGGAUAUCAAUUCUGUUGGAGAAACACUAGAACCAGAUGUUAAGAUCUUGAGCCUUUCAAUUAAAUCGCCCGGUAGACCAGAUAUUGUUCUCGCAGUUCCUGAGAGUGGCAAAGUCAAAGGUUUGUGGUUUACCUUAAAAGAAGGUAGCCGUUACAGCCUACAGUUCACUUUCCAGGUUAGCAACAAUAUUGUAUCCGGCCUCAAAUACACUAACACAGUUUGGAAAACUGGUGUCAAGGUUGAUAGCACGAAGGAAAUGCUUGGAACCUUUAGUCCUCAGGCAGAACCUUAUAUACAAGAAAUGCCCGAAGAAACUACUCCGUCCGGCAUUUUUGCUAGAGGAUCAUAUUCAGCUAGAAGUAAGUUUGUUGAUGAUGACAACAAGUGCUACUUGGAGAUCAACUAUACAUUCGACAUCCGUAAAGAUUGGCAGGCGACUUGAAGUGUGAAUUGUCCGAUGAGUUUCAUUGCUUGGCCCCUCAGUCAAAAUGGUUUUUUGAGUUGAAAUCUGCUUCAGAUGUUAACAUAUUUCAUUUGCAGUGUCUUAUUUAUUUUAGUCCUAUCUGAGACUGGUGGAUUCUACACAGUGAAGAAGAAGAAGAAGAAGAGAGGAUUUGGAAACAAUUGGAGCAAGUAAAAAUUCAUUUCAUUCAGGAAGAGUCUCAAUCAAUAAAAAUUGAGCUUGGCUGUUUGAGCACACACAGAGUCACUUUGUAAUUCUUUUGCUUUUCAACAUUAUUAAUUAGUGUUGUGGUAAGCUUUAUCUUUGUAGUUUGAGGUUGUUAACUGAUGAUUCAGUACUGGGGGACUCAAAAAAACAAAAAAAAAGAAGGUUGAAACUUGAAAGCAGU